UUUAAGUGGAGGCAACUGUGUUACUCAUUUCACCCAAUGACACAAGUCAUUUCAAUAGCAAAGAGCAGAGUUUUGUUUACCAUCCUUCUACCAUAAGACCUUGUAGUAAAGAAACAAAUAAACAUAAUGCAGGACUCAUCAAAAGUGGUGUGAUGUAACUAACUAAUCUUUCAGAAAGCCUGUCUGGAUUUAAAUAGAGAUAUACAUAAUCCCAUUCAGCACUUGGAGGAGUUGUCAGGGGGAGCCAAAGAGGGGCAAUCCAGAGGAGACAUCGCCAGCCUGUUGUUCUGGUCAGAGACAGAAAUAAAGAAAGGAGGGAGAGAGAGUGCGUGAGAAUCAGAGUGAAAGAGAGGAGGGUGGGUGAAAGAACGAAGAAACUAAAGUGGAAUACAACUGUCUCAUUUACACAUCUACAACUUGGGAAUAUGGGCAACACCAAGAGUGGCGCUUUGUCCAAAGCAAUUUUGGAUGAUCUCAAGAUGAACACCAAAUACACAGAGGAUGAACUGUGUGCAUGGUACGCCAGCUUUCUCAAAGAGUGUCCCACUGGACGCAUCACUAAAGAACAGUUUGAAGGCAUCUACGCCAGCUUCUUUCCCGAUGCUGACCCUACUGCCUAUGCACAACACGUCUUCCGCAGCUUUGAUACCAAUGCUGACGGCACCUUGGACUUUAAGGAAUACAUUGUCGCAUUGCAUCUUACCUCUUCAGGCAAGACCCUGCGAAAGCUCGAAUGGGCGUUCGCUCUGUACGAUGUAGACGGCAAUGGGACCAUCAGUAAAAACGAGGUGCAGGAGAUUGUCAGGUCAAUAUUCAACAUGAUUCCAGCUGAGGACCAGAAAAACCUUCCAGAAGAUGAGAACACACCAGAAAAGCGAGCAGACAAAAUCUGGAACUUCUUUGGAAAGACUGAAGAUGAUAAGAUUGGCGAGGGAGAAUUCAUUCAGGGUGUCAUGGAAAACAAAGACAUCUUGAGGUUAAUACAGUUUGACGAGCCAAAGAAGAUUCAGGACAAACUAAAGGAAAAGAAGCAUUAAUGGCCACAUUUCCAUGAGACUGUUCAGAGCCACAUUUCCAUUCCCUUAACUCCCAACCUACACCACCCAGACUGCUUUUCCAGGCCACAUUUUGGAAGCACCUGAACACCCAAUCCAGAAACACAGCACAGCCAUGAAUCAGACAAACAUAGCUGUUCCUAUAACACAUAAAUGACUUCUUUUCUGGACUACCAGCAAGUAAAAUUGUACCUGAAGGAAUUCUCCAGUUGGCUUUGCCAAUGUUGUUGCUAUUGCUUUUAGAGUCCAAUUUCGAUAAGAGCAAUUAGGCUCAUGUUAACAGACCUACUCUAGCACACUCAAUCCUCUUAGGAUCUGAAGGUCGGGUAAGACAAAUCUGCAGGGUCCUGAGGCUCUCCUGUUUUAGAUCCCUUCAGGGUUAAGGUGGUUUAAGGUCUCAACAUGCAUUCAUCAGAUAUUGAAACAAUCUGUUUAACAAAUGACUGGAUACAUUUUAUCAAAUAGAUUUCUUGUACUGUGUUUUUUCAGGACGUUGCAAGAACUGUAGAGAAUUAUAAUGUGAACAUUUUAGGAAUACAUAUGAAAUAUAGCUACUAAAAAAAACUAUGUAAUUACUGAUCAAUCUGAACUACCCUUUGUAAUCAAUGAAGAUUUAAAAAUUGUUGUGUCUUUAAGGAAUAAGUGUAUAUACUGUACUACUUACAAAUGACUGUAUGGUUUCUAUCCAAGUAUCUGUGUAAUAAUUUAGCAGCCUUGUGCUUUAGAUGAGUACAGAUUUGUGUUGUUUAUGGUUUUUAAGAGCCUCUUUCCCAAAUAAUAGUGUUUUUUAGUUGAUAUUCAAUGCAAAUAUUGUUUCCAUAAUCUCCUGUUUGAGAACGUUACUGACCUAAUUUUGUAUAUGCUGUUAUCACACAAAAACAAAGCUGACUGAAAAUGAAUAUUUAGCUUGGCCUUUAAUUAACUGAGUUCAGAGUGAGAUUAGAGCCUUGAGUCUCCGAACAAGUUUAGACUUACUAAACUUAAGCACUAGAAAGGGCUCUCACCUCGAGUGUAUCUUUAUCAUGUUGACGCUGUUUACAGCCAAAGCUCUGAGGACAAGCCUGAUGCACAGGGGCUUACCUCUUUCUUUUCUUAAAGCCAUCUUUGGCUCAGGCUAAUGCAUGGCCUGGUUUCAACACUAGGACAGUACAAAACAUCGACUGGAGCUCUGCAGCAUGGCAGCUGCUGACCCAAAAGAAACCUGGGGAUAAAAGGUUAAGUGUCAUUCCAUUCGGACAGUCAGUAUUGUGUGUGGAGAACCACUUUGCAAUAAAUGUUCCUGAAAGAAGCAAUUUUAUGGCAGUUAUGUUUUUUUUUUUUUUUUUUUGGUGUGGUCUACAGUGGUUCUGGACAAGAAACCUCACUGACUGGUGAUAACAAUUAGAGUUUAUUUAUUAUUUUUAUAGACAUUGUAGUCAUGUCCUGGGCAUAUUCAACAUAAACAUCAUAUUAAUUUGAGAGCAAAUAAAUCAACAUUUACAAUAUUAUAUAUAUAUAUAUAUAUAUAUAUAUAUAUAUAUAUAUAUAUAUAUAUAUA